AUGUAUUGCAGUAUAUCACCAACACAAACAUCAAAAAAAAGAAAAUUGUCACCAAAGUAUCCUAAGCAUUUUAAUGAUUUAACCGUUGAACAUUUUUCUACCUCAAAUAGAGCUAAGAUACAUCUAGCAUUUGCCAAACAAAAGUACAUGGCCGCCAGAAAGAAACUGAAAAAGGUUCAACAUCAAAACCGAACAUUGGCAGAAAAAUUAAAAUGUAUCAAUAUUUCAAAACAAAACAAGAGGAUUCUGAAGAUGCUGGUACAAAAUAAUUGCCAGUUGACACAAGUAAUUCACUUUGUACUUACUGCUUAG